UCUGAAUAUUCAGUGCAAUCUUUGCAUCGACAACCACGCCCCUUUCAGCAGGAGAAAGGAAGCUGCUUUAUCGACCUGAAAAUCUUCCCCUAGAAAGCUCUCGGGCCCAGCCCACCAGUAAAGCUGUAUAAGCACAGGGUCGACGGGACGGACGGAAGCGGCGCAUCGUCGUACGGGGAGGUCCGCAGUGACAUUACGAUGAGCUACAAACCCAUCGCCCCUGCCCCUUCCGGCUCCAACCACACCCCGCCAGGCUCCAGUGUGCCCUCCCCCUCACUCCCCUCCUCCUCCAACUUCAGACCGGCGUUCAGUGAUUUCGGCCCGCCGUCGAUGGGCUUCGUUCAGCCAGUGAAAGUGUCUCAGGGCUCAACCUACAGCGAGCUGCUAUCAGUCAUUGAGGAGAUGAGUCGUGAGAUCCGCCCCACCUACGCCGGGAGUAAGAGCGCCAUGGAGAGGCUAAAGAGAGGUAUCAUUCACGCGAGGGCACUGGUCAGGGAGUGUCUGGCAGAGACGGAGAGGAGCGCUCGCACAUAACCCUUUGCAGAAUCCCUCGUCUCUGUAUAGGCCUCAUCUAUGUGUCCCAUCUUUGUAAUCCUGACCUUUGUCUGUAUCGCUCCACUGAACUUGUAACCUUCCCUUGUUCCAUAUAGUCUCUCACAUCGCUAUGGGGUGUGUUCAGAAUGUAUAACACAUUUUUGCAGUUGUAGGACAAUUCGCUCUCAGAACAUUUUGUAACAUAUUUCAGUUUCAGAGGCACCACGAGGGGCUGGUAAAUAUAGUCUCAUCCUGGUAGUCCAGUUCAGUGGGGAGCGAAGUGAUAGUGUUGUAAAAUAUUUCUGAUAGAUUAUUGAAAACUAUGCCCUAAUGAAAUGUCUAUGUAAUGAGGUUCAUACUCUGAAUCUUUCUCUUAGCUGCUAUGCUGACACCACUCUACAACCAAAGGUUCAAUUCAACAUUGUUUUACAGUAAGCUGCAAGCAACACUUAAGCCUUGUUCACACUGCAGGCCUUAAUGCUCAAAUCAGUUUUGUUUUUCAAAUCCGUUUUGGAAUACUGAGUGUCCAAACAGCAAGUUAAAAGUGACAAUCGGAUGUGUGUUUGUUCAGACAGCAGUCAUUUGCUGACAUGACUAUGCUAGUUGUCAUGGUAUUGACGGGUGUGUGCACGGUGGUGUAGGCUGAUUGGUGGUGGUGCUUGUGCUUCCUAUCACUCAGAGGUUAUGUAGCAAGCUAAGGUGACAAUGC